GGCCGGUCAGAUAAGAAAGGUUUGUGUUUGGUGCUUCAGCAGGUGUAUGAUAAAACAUGCAGAAUCCAAAUGCAUGCAUGCACAUAAAGCUUUUCAGCUGCAGAGAUCCAAACAAAGAGAAGCUAUUUUUAACAUUUUUUUGUGUGCUUGCUGUAAGCAGUUAUUCUCUGCAUGCUGAGAAUAUAAAGAGUACAUUGUCAAACAUAGCAAAACAGGUCAGAAACCUACAUUUGCAGACUGAGGAAUAACUUGAAAUUCAAUCCAAGAAUAAGUUCACAGAUUUCCUGACUGUGCUUUACAUUAAUAACGCACAUAUACAGUUGAUUUUGUGACUCCGGCUGAAGCUUUAAAUUAACUAAGACAAGCAAAAUCAAUGGUGCAGGACAAAAAAGCAGAAAAUAAAGCAUUCCUUUGCACUGUGUGAAACAGAUAAUACAACAUCCCAUCCGUCAAGGACGUUCUUUCUUAUCUUCCAUGUGAGUGCCAACAACAGAAUGCUUUUUCUUGCAGACUUCACUCAGACGCAGAUAGCUGCAGAGCCAAACAAAUAUGUGUGAGAACAAGGAAAGUCGCCGCACAGAAUCCAUUUUCCGGAGCUAACUGGGAACUCAGCGUUUCUUUGAACCUCUAAAAAUCAUUCUUUCUGGAAGAGAUUUUUUUUGCCCCAGCAGUGGUUAUUGUAGGGUACAGUCAUGGUGUCCUGUGCUGGCUUUCUUUUCUGGAUCUUUAUUCUGACUGAAGGCUCCAGGGGAGAGGAGCUGCCCCGGGAGGAUGUGCUGGCCUGGUUCAGACAAAGAGUUCUGGACGUCCUCGGGCUGGAAGAACCUCCUCUGCUGGGUCCUGAUGUGGCACCACCGGGGUUGAGGCAGCUCCAUCAGAGGGCCCCCAGGAUGAGCAGAACGACGUGGGUCAGUCAUGAAACCCGUCCGGAUCAGGAGGCAUCCCAAAUGAUUCUGUUCCCCGGAUCUGACUCCAGCUGUGCCACUUCUGCCUCCCCUCCAGAAGAAACCACAAACUUCACGUAUUACUUCGAGCCUUCCAUCGACAUCCAUGCCACUGUGGCCACAUCUGCCCACCUCUGGUUCCACGCAGGAGAAGCGGCCACAGCCAACUCCUCCUCCUCCCCUCUGUUCAUGCUCACUUCCUCCCAGCAGCUCCUUCAGGCCGCAGCGGCUCCGUCGUCCACCAGCCCUGACGGAUGGUUCACCUACCAGCUAGAUCCCAGCCUGCUGACCCCGGUGGCUGAAGGUCCGUUCCUGCUGCAGGUGCGCUGUGCAGCCUGCCAAUGCCAAGACGACCAACCGGACAAGACGCCCUUCCUCCACAUCCACAUCCGGCCUCGGGGUCCGGUCCGCUCACCCCGCCGAGCAGCAGCCACCAUCCCCUGGUCUCCUUCCGCCAUCUACCUCCUGCAGCGGCCCUCCCAGGAGAGACCCGAGCACAGCGACUGCCAGCGAGCGCAGAUCGAAAUCAGCUUCGAGGAGCUGGGAUGGGACAGCUGGAUCGUCCACCCCAAGGUGCUGACUUUCUACUACUGUCACGGGAACUGCUCGGCCGAGGCUCGGACCCCGGCGAUGCUGGGGAUCAGUCAGUGCUGCGCUCCGGUCCCGGGCACCAUGAGGUCCCUAAAGAUCACCACGACGUCCGACGGCGGCUACUCCUUCAAGUACGAGACCCUGCCCAAUAUCAUAGCUGAAGAGUGCACCUGUAUCUGAUCUGAGAGGUUCAGAUUUCACCGUUCAACUGGUGCUUAUUCCAGACGACAAAAAAAAAAAAAAAAAAAAAAAAAAAUCACACUUUCCUGUACUGUUUUUUUUCUGUUGUAUUUGAUUUACUCUGCAGUUAGAAUGCAAAAAAAAUAUGUCUGUCAAUAAAACAUCCUUUGAAAAAUAUGUUGAAUUUAAAGGCUACAGCUAAUUUCUUCCUCUGCAUUACAAUAAAUCAAGCAGCGUCAAGCAUAUUGUACUGUACUUUGUCACUUUUCCAGUAGAUGAACAAAACUGCAGUUUAGAAUGGAGACUCGCAUUUUGGACGUAGCGAUUGUGCCAUUUCACCAUGCAGAUCUGUUUUUGGUUUUUAGAUUUGACCUUUAAUCACAGAAAAGAUGAAAACUGUCUGUAACAAGAAGUCCCAGACAAGUGGAACAUUGUUUCAAGGUUUGACAAACACGAAUAAAGACGUGAUAAUCAUGAA